AUGAUGCCUGAUAAAAACAAAAUCAAACUAGCUUACUUAUAUUUUGUACCAAAACCACAUAAACCUGGUACUCCAUUAAGACCUAUCGGAUCUGGUAUGAGUUCACCAACAAUAAAAAUUUCAAAAAUGUUAGACGAAUUAAUACGUCCACUAUUUGAUAAAUAUGUUAAACAAACAACACUUAUUGAUGGUGUUCAUCUUGUUCGUCAACUUGAAAAAUAUGUGAAUCUUGGCUUAUUAAAAGCAACAACACAUCUAUGUACUUUUGAUAUUACUGAUCUCUAUACGAUGUUACCACAAGAAGAAUCAAUAUCCAUUCUCAAACAGUUUCGUCGCCAUUUCAAUCACACACAUGUGAGAGGCAUGACAAUUGAUGCUAUCGAAUGUUUAGCUCGUAUUAUUCUUAAUGAAAAUUUUUUCAGCUAUAAUAAUCAAUAUUAUAGACAAAUUAAAGGUGGUGCAAUUGGAUCACCAUUUACAUUAACAUUAGCCAACAUAUUUAUGUGGCACUGGGAACAACCAUUAGUAGAACAUCAGAAAAAGUCAAAUGAGUUAUAUGGACGUUAUAUUGAUGACAUUUUCUUAACAUCAAACGAUUCCAUUCAAAAUCUUACAAAAAUGCUUGAAGAUGCCAAUGCAUAUCAUCCAAAUAUAAAAUUAACGGGUUCCGGAAUUUCGCCAAUAAGACUUUCGCCAAUAGGACUUUCGCCAUUGGCGAACGUCCACUGUACUUUCACCAAUACAUUCGGUGGAGCUUCGCCAAUUGGCGAAAGUCCACUGUACUUUCGCCAAUAUGG